AUGGACUCAAUAGCUAAGGCAGCCCGGUUCACGUACAACCCCGAAACAAUUCAAGAAUCCGAGCAAUCCAUCUCGGGCAUCCUCCAAGUCUACGUCCGCAACAUAUGCAUACACGACAACCAAGAUGUGUACGCCAAGUUCUCCUUCACUUACAACCCGGACGAGACUUUCUCGACAAGGAUCAUCAACGGCGGAAGAGGCAGAAACCCGGGUUUCAAUAUCAACGAGAGGCUGAUCAUGAAAAUCCGCCAGGCAGACGCUGUCUUAAAAUGCGAGAUAUGGAAUCAUCAGCUUCUCGGUUUUGCUCUGAUCCCCAUUUCCUCUGUUUCAGGUAAAGGGAAAGUGACCCGAACUUUCGACCUCUCAUCGACCGACCUGUUCCAUUCGCCAGCUGGAACUAUAAAAUUAUCGCUCUCCCUCGAUGCGGAGAGCCUUACCACUAAUUUUCCCGAAGAUAUUUCUUUGUCCGAAUUAGUAGUUGAUUCUUGCCAGGUGGCUACCGAACUCUUGAUAGAUAAAAAUGUCCCGGAUACGAAUGUCGUGAACGAGAACAAGCAAACGGGCUCGGAGUACUUUGAGAAAAACGGACAGGCCUUCAUGCGGCCAUGGCCCGAUGGGUCAUUUCUCCACCUCGGCUCACUGCCAGCUCAGGACCACGAAAUGGCAGAUAGUUCCUCACACGAGUGGCAAGCCGGGUCAGUAUCUUUUGAUGGGAGCAUGCGAAAUUCGAGCUCUCCGCCGAGUUCAACCAUGACGAGCUUGAGCAACGACUGGGCCUCGGCUGACUCCAUUGAGAAAAAAGGUGGGUUCUUUGCAGAGGAAAGGGACAGAAAAGAAAUGGGGAAUGAGGCGGAGGGGUCUGACAUGCAGAAGCAGAUAGUGGAUAUGUACAUGAAGAGCAUGCAACAGUUUACAGAGUCCCUGGCUAAAAUGAAGCUUCCAGUGGAUUUGGACAAGCCCAUAAUCAUCGAUGGACCGAGGAAUUCGAUUCUCGAUGCGGAUAAAAAGAUCGAGAUGGAGAAGGAGAAGAGGGAGAUUCAUGGAAGGGUGUUUUAUGGUAGCAGGGCUUUUUUCUAG